UCUGGGCAUGCGUGGGAGCAUUUCUGAUUAUCCCAUUGGCUCGUUUCCCCUACGUCAUGACGUCUUGUUGUCGGUGAACGGGAGCAGUAGAAGGAGCAACUCAACUGUGGCUAAAUUAGCCACAGGGAUGGUUACCUUUUAGGCAAGGUUAUGUGGCAUCUAAUGAUAAUUAAUCUGAAGUAAAGGUAGACAGACGUCCCCGGGCGGUUACCGCGUUACAACUGAAGUGUACAUGCAAGCAGCAUGCGGUGACCGAGACUGAGGCCUGAAGGUGCAGUGGGUUUGGUGGCAGCAACAGCAGCAGGCACCUAGCUUAGAUGAAGGAUGAAGAGCCCGGUGCACAGAUGCAGGGAUGUGGAGCAUGGGCGUAGGCAGGCUGGGGACAGGGCAGGAGUCAGCUGCUUACAGCCCGAGCAGCGCAUCCCCAUCUCCAAAGAUGUCAUCACUUCUUCCUCUGCCUCCGCCAUGUGGUUCAUCAGGGACGCAUGCGGCAUUGUGUGCGCCAUCAUCACCUGGCUGUUGGUGUUGUAUGCUGAGUUUGUGGUGCUGUUUGUAAUGCUGCUGCCCUCCAAGAAUCUGACAUACAGCAUUGUGAACGGGGCCCUGUUCAACUUUCUGGCCUUCCUUGCCAUUGCCUCACACCUCAGGGCCAUGUGCACUGACCCUGGGGCGGUGCCAAAAGGGAACGCUACUAAGGAGUAUAUAGAAAGCCUUCAGCUGAAACCAGGGCAGGUGGUCUACAAAUGUCCCAAGUGCUGCAGCAUCAAGCCUGACCGAGCACACCACUGCAGUGUUUGCAAACGCUGCAUACGAAAGAUGGACCACCACUGCCCCUGGGUCAAUAACUGUGUUGGGGAGAACAACCAAAAGUAUUUUGUGCUUUUCACAAUGUAUAUUGCACUCAUCUCUCUCCACGCUCUGGUCAUGGUGGUCUUCCAUUUCCUAUACUGCUUUGAAGAUGAUUGGACAAAGUGCAGUUCCUUCUCUCCUCCAGCAACAGUCAUCCUCCUCAUAUUCCUGUGCUUUGAGGGUCUCCUCUUCCUCAUCUUCACCUCUGUGAUGUUUGGCACCCAGAUCCACUCCAUCUGUACUGACGAGACCGGCAUAGAGCAGUUGAAAAAGGAAGAGAGAAGAUGGGCUAAAAAAACUAAGUGGAUGAACAUGAGGGCGGUAUUCGGACACCCUUUCUCCUUAUUGUGGUUUAGUCCCUUCUCCACCCCUGACCAUGGGAAAGCUGAGACAUACCAAUAUGUGGUGUGAGAACUCAGCGUAGGGGCCGAGGCCCAGCCCAACCCCGCUGAGUUCAGCUCUGGCAGUAUGAACGUGAUUUACACUGUAUCUUCCAUAUUAGCCAUGGACAUCAUCUGCUUUUUGUGUUGCCAAACUAAGUGCGUUAUACAUCCAUUUUGAUGUUGUCUUGAACGAGCUGAGUUGCAGAGAUAAAGAAACACUUUCAGUUUGUGAAUCCUUUUUGCACACACUGUGAUCAGUUUUGAUCUCCUCCUCUCUGUGUUGUAUCAGGAGCCUUCUCCUCUCUGGCUGUGUCUUGUUUUCUCGUGAAGGGUUAUUUCAACUAAAUUUACCACAAAGUCAUAUUUUAUCAUCCUCCCCUGCUGGUGUCUGGGCUUGCAGAUAGUUUCAGUUUUAGCUGUUAAUGUUCUGAGAUAUCCGCCCCUGAAACUUCUCCUGUCAUCCCAAUACAAUAGAAGAGAAUGGAGUUUCCUUUAGAGCUGCAAUUUAGUAUCAUUUUCCUUGUAGACUGACAUCUCGAGAAUUGUUUUGAUUGAUCAUUAAUAAAAUGUCAGAAAAUAGUGAAAAAUGCCCAUCAUUAUGUCAAAAGUAUUCAUAUUCAAAGACAAUGACAAUUCAAAUCAGCAAAUAUUCACACUGGGUUGUCCAGUAACCAGGGCAUUGUUUCUGGAAAUACAAUUUCCAUUUAAGUUGCUGUCAUUCCUCGCAGCUCAGAAGCAUCACAACCAAGAUUCCAUGAACCUGCAAUGUCUUUGUAAUUUUAGAAUGAAAUGACCCUUUACAUCUCGCUCUUGUCAGGCAGUAGUUAGUAGUGUGUUCCAGACAUGGACAAAGUAAACUUUGUAAAUGGCUCCCCACUAGAAUAAAUUAAAGAUUGGCCAGAGGUUGAUCCAGGUUGAAUCUCUACAAUCAGACGUCUUGUGGGGACCAUUCUGCAAAAGUUCAAGACUUUCAAAUGUUGCCAAAUACAGCACAUAGACGAGCCGUUUGCAAUUAUUGUUGUGGAUUUCUGGUUUAUUAUGACUAUGGAAAUGUGGUUGGGCAUCAACAGUGCCUUCUUCUGAAAGUAAGGUUGGUGUGUUUUAUCUAUUCUUACAAUAAGGGUUGCGCUGAUCCCAGUUUUUUCAGACUGUCACUUUUGCACACUUUGUGUUGGUUAAAAUGGCAAAUUUAUCCAUUUCAAGUUAAAGCUACAGUAUAUAAUUUUUUUGAA